UUUAGUACAAAACAAUAAAGAAAUAAUAAAGACAACAUAGUCAACAACGGGAGGCCAAACCCUUCCAAACCCGAAUGCCUUUGGUCUCUUGGCACCCAUUCUCGCCUGCACCACCGGUUAUAUUACCCCUUCCGUAACCCCUGUUACUAUUUCCGUUUUCUUGUUAUUUUCUCCUUUUGAAAUCUUUACAUAUAUAUUUGUUUGGUUUAUACACAACCAUAUCUGUUUGCAUAAGGAUUAUUUUAGAAGCAUAGUCAAAUCAUAUCAGCUCACAGAUUUCUUUUUCUUGAUUUGGGGAGUGGUGGAUCGGUUGUGGAUUUUCAACUUUUAAGAAGUACGAGGUAGAUGUUGAAUUGGAGGGGAGAGGGAGGUGGCCGGUGGGGCUUCUGAAUUAUAUGGAUAAUUUAUGCUGUUUCCCUCAGCUUUCAGGAGGCCGUUCUCCUGGUGGCUCUGGGAAGGGAAGAAGCCAGCGGGGACCUGUCAAAUAUGGAUUCAGUUUAGUAAAAGGAAAAGCAAAUCAUCCUAUGGAGGAUUACCAUGUUGCUAAAUUUCUACACACGAAUGGUCACGAGUUGGGACUAUUUGCUAUUUAUGAUGGACAUCUAGGUGAUAGCGUGCCAGCUUACUUACAGAGGCAUCUGUUUUCCAAUAUUUUAAAGGAGGACGACUUUUGGUCCGAUCCAAAUACUUCUAUUGCAAAAGCCUAUGAAAGAACCGAUCAGGCAAUUCUCUCGCAUACUCCUGACCUGGGACGAGGUGGAUCCACUGCUGUAACUGCAAUUCUUGUAAAUAGUCAACAUCUAUGGGUAGCCAAUGUUGGAGAUUCACGAGCAGUCCUUUCAAAAAAGGGGCAGGCUACACAAAUGUCCGUUGACCAUGAACCCAACACAGAGCGGGGUAGCAUUGAGAACAGGGGCGGAUUUGUCUCUAACAUGCCAGGAGACGUUGCAAGAGUGGAUGGCCAGUUAGCAGUUUCUCGUGCUUUUGGAGACAAAAACUUGAAAACUCACCUGCGAUCCGACCCUGAUAUUACAGACGCUCCAAUUGAUGGGUAUACCGAACUUCUUAUCCUUGCUAGCGACGGUUUGUGGAAGGUAAUGUCGAAUCAAGAGGCCAUUGAUAUUGCGAAGAAGAUCAAAGACCCACAGAAGGCAGCCAAACAAUUAGCAAUGGAAGCAUUGAAAAGAGAAAGUAAAGAUGAUAUCUCCUGCAUUGUUGUCCGAUUCAAGGGGUAAAAUGCACAAUCUUAAUGUUUCAUGCAGCUGUUGUAUAUUAGGCGGUUACCAGAAGACAUGAUUUGGUAGGUUGCAGAAGUUUGAAAUCCCAAAGAAUCCAGUACAAAAAUCAAAUUUAUUCUGAAAGGCCGUGAAAAUGAUCUGUUUCCUUUUCUUAUAUUUAUUCUCUCUUAUUUUCCAGUCUUCUUUGUAGAAUUUCACUAUAAUUUUUUCAUAAUUCAUAGCCGGGUUGUAUUUGUAAUAAUCAAAAUAGGACAAGCUUUCUUUCUUUCAGCCAUAUAUCAAGAAGAUGGCCAUUUUGGCUUUGCUUCA